UUUAAUGUGAAUGGCAAAAUCGUGGACUGCAACACGUGCGCGUUUGUUUUAUUCCAAGUUUUUUGAUAUACAUCUGUUUUAAAACCGCAAUUCCUUAAAAUGUCGAUUAGAGAAAAGCUUCUUAUGAAAAAAAUUGUCAAGCGCGAGAAAAUGAAGAAGGAGCUCUCCCAGAAAAAAGGCAAAGGCAAGCAGGCAGUGCCGGAACCGCCAGCCGCAAAGUCCGGAAAGACCCAACCCAAAAAGCAGAAGCGACCUGUGGAGGCUGAAGCAGACGACUUGGAUGAUGAUUUUCAAGAGCAGCCCCAGGUCAAAGGAAAAAAGCGCCAGCAGCAGAAAAAGAAGCCACAAAUCGAGGUGGCAAACUCCGAUUCGGACUCGGAACAGGAUGAGGCAGAGAGCGGUAGUGCGUCAGGGGAAGAUGACGAGGACGACGAGGAGAUAGAUAGUGAAGCUGCAGACUCACCCGAUUCAGAGGAGGACUCACCGGUGCCGGUCAAGAAAUCCAAGCAACAGCCUAAAGCAGUCAAAAAGGCUGCCUCAACAAAUGGCAAAGCUACAGAUGAUGACACGCCCUUUACCGUAGAAUCCUCAUUGUCAGCAUUGGAUCAACGUGAUUCCGAUGAUCGCAGCUUUGCUUCACUCAAAGGCGCCGUCUCUGAGGCCACAUUGCAAGCCAUUGCCGAGAUGGGCUUCUCCGAGAUGACUGAAAUUCAGGCCAAGUCUUUGACGCCAUUACUCAAGGGUCGGGAUCUGGUGGGCGCUGCCCAAACGGGCUCAGGCAAAACGCUUGCGUUCCUUAUACCUGCCGUGGAAUUGAUCAAUAAGCUGCGUUUUAUGCCGCGCAACGGCACGGGCGUUAUUAUUAUCUCGCCCACACGGGAGCUGUCCAUGCAAACGUUUGGUGUGCUCAAAGAGCUAAUGGCACAUCAUCAUCACACCUAUGGCUUGGUCAUGGGUGGCUCCAAUCGUCAGGUGGAGAGCGAAAAGCUGGGCAAAGGCAUUAACAUUCUGGUGGCCACGCCGGGUCGUCUGUUGGAUCAUCUGCAGAAUUCACCGGAUUUCCUAUACAAAAACUUGCAGUGUUUGAUUAUUGAUGAAGUGGAUCGCAUAUUGGAAAUUGGUUUCGAGGAGGAACUGAAACAGAUCAUUAAUUUGUUGCCAAAACGCCGCCAGACAAUGUUGUUUUCGGCCACACAGACGGAACGCAUCGAUGCGCUUUCCAAGCUGGCGCUGAAAAAGGAGCCGAUCUAUGUGGGCGUGCACGAUAACCAAGAGACGGCUACCGUUGAGGGCCUCGAGCAAGGUUACAUUGUUUGCCCAUCGGAGAAGCGUUUGCUGGUGCUUUUUACGUUCCUAAAAAAGAAUCGCAAGAAGAAGGUCAUGGUUUUCUUUUCCUCGUGUAUGUCGGUCAAGUAUCAUCACGAACUCUUCAACUACAUCGAUCUACCGGUCACUUCCAUUCAUGGAAAACAGAAGCAAACGAAACGCACCUCGACCUUCUUCCAAUUCUGCAAUGCCGAGUCGGGCAUUUUGCUCUGCACGGAUGUGGCAGCACGUGGUCUAGAUAUACCGCAAGUCGAUUGGAUUGUGCAGUACGAUCCGCCAGAUGAUCCACGCGAAUAUAUUCAUCGUGUGGGUCGUACGGCACGCGGCUCAGGCACAUCUGGACAUGCUCUGCUAAUGUUAAGACCCGAGGAAUUGGGCUUCUUGCGCUAUCUGAAGGCAGCCAAGGUGCCGCUCAAUGAAUUUGAGUUCUCCUGGCAAAAGAUUGCCGAUAUACAGCUGCAGCUAGAGAAGUUGAUAGCGAAAAACUAUUUCCUUAAUCAGUCAGCUAAGGAGGCCUUUAAGUCGUAUGUACGCGCCUAUGACUCGCAUCAGCUAAAACAAAUAUUCAAUGUGAACACACUGGACUUGCAGGCGGUUUCCAAAAGCUUUGGCUUUCUGGUGCCGCCUGUGGUUGACCUCAAAGUAGGCGCUGCCAAGCGAGAGCGGCCCGAGAAGCGUGUGGGUGGCGGCGGUUUCGGCUACUAUAAGCAAAUGAACGACAGCGGUGCCAAGCAGCGCCACUUUAAGCAGGUCAAUCGCGAUCAGGCCAAGAAGUUUAUGCGUUAAUUCUUUAGCCUUAAGUAUAAACCGUUGUCUUUUAUAUAACAUUAUAUACAUUGUAGACAUAUGUAUGUGUAGCGAAUGUGAAUAAGUGUCUUCAUUUCACAACUAA